AUGAAAGGAAGCGUACUCACUUGUAAUUACAACAACACUGAUUAUCCGAACAUACAAGACAUGUUCUCCAUUUUAAAAAACAAUGAAACUAAUUUACCAGCCAAUGUAAAGACACUAAAUAUAAAUCUCGAUAUAGAAAAGCUCGAUGUAAACAAAUUUAAAAGGAAAAUGGAGAUGUUUGAAAAAGAAAUGACGGGGAAAUUGAGAGACGUUGAUAACAAUACUGUCACCAAUGGUACGUUAGUUAGGAAUGAUACUAGAAGAUUUUAUAUCCCAAAUAUAUGGUACGGAUGGAGCGAAGCGUCUACCAUAGCAUUUAAGCUAAAAACUUUGGAUAUGAUGCUACAAAUAAUAUACAUGGCAAGAUUCAAAAUAAAACGUCUAGAAUCUUCUAAAUACUUUAAUCGAAGGGACACUGGCUACCGUAUAGCAUUUCUAUAUAAGAGGCUUAGGAGAAUAUGUAGGAAACUUUUAGAUAUAUACAUAACGUUGCUCAAGAAUAGAAACACGGCUAGCGAUUCUGACUAUUCGCUGUCUGGUCAUCAGAGGGCUAUAAGGUACCACGUUGAUUUUCUAUAUCUGUGGUGGGUGUUGGUCAGAAUGGAUGGAAAACAUCAAGACCAGCACGAGCCUACAUCGCCUAUGACCAUUACGGUGACAACACCCCAUCGUGGCAAGAAGUGA